AAGCCUAGGGCCCCGCCCCCUCCGGCUCCGCCCCCUCGCGCGGGUUUCAAGCUCUGGUUCCCGCCAUCUCUGGCUCCGCCAGCUGCCGCCUCCGGCCGACUUGCGCCACUUGAGGGAAUAUGUUAUUUGCUAAUGAGAUUACGUCGGUUCAAAGAAUUCUGCUAAAAUUGAAGACAAAGGCAUUAAUAUAGGAAGCAAUGUUGAGGAAAUGGGAGGCAAGGGUGAAGCAGAUUGAAGAGCGGGCAUCCCACUAUGAGAGGAAGCCAUUGUCUUCCGUGUACAGACCAAGACUGGCCAAGCCAGAAGAACCAUCCUCCAUUUGGAAGCUAUUUCACCGUCAGAAUCAAGCUUUUAAUUUUGUUAAAAGCUGUAAAGAGAGCGUUCACGUAUUUGCUUUGGAGUGCAAAAGGGGAAAUGGACAACGUAUUUACCUUGUAACGUCCUAUGCCCAACUUUGGUUUUACUAUAAGACCCGGAAAACCCUCUUGCACUGCUAUGAAGUUAUUCCUGAGAAUGCUGUGUGCAAGCUUUAUUUUGAUUUAGAAUUUAACAAAUUGGCCAACCCAGGAGCUGAUGGGAAGAUGAUGGUUGCAUUGCUCAUACAGCAUGUUUGUAAAGCACUUGAGGAGUUUUACAAUGUUCAGUGCUCAGCCGAAGAUGUUUUCAACCUGGAUUCCAGCACUGAAGAGAAAUUUAGCCGACACCUAAUAUUUCAGCUCCACAAUGUGGCAUUUAAAGAUAACAGGCAUGCUGGUAAUUUUGUGAGAAAAAUUUUGCAACCUGCUCUUCACUUGAUUGCCGAGGAUGAUGAAGCUAAGGUCCCAGAGGCGGUGGGCCAGGACGCCUCCGGUUUUUCUGUUACACCAUUAAAACAAGAGAUUUCAGAGGCCCGGGAGAAGGUGGGGUUGCCUAAGCAGUGUGACCCCGAUCUUUCAUUUUUAGUUGUGAAAAAUCACAUGGGAGAAAAAUGCCUUUUUGUGGAUCUAGGAGUGUAUACAAAAAACAGAAACUUUCGACUGUAUCAGUCAUCCAAAAUAGGAAAGUGUGUGUCUUUGGAGGUUGCUGAAGAUAACAGAUUUAUUCCAAAACAGUCAAAAGAUAUUUCUGAGGAAAACCAGUAUUUCCUAUCUUCCCUGGUGAGCAAUGUCAGAUUCUCAGAUACUCUGCGAGUUCUCACAUGCCACCCAUCUCAGACUAAACGAAAGCGGGCUGAGUGUUUUAACAGUACUGGCACUUCAGUGGAGUCCAUUGAAGGCUUCCAGGGCUCCCCAUACCCUGAGGUUGACCAAUUUGUUCUUUCUUUGGUGAACAAACAUGACAUUAAAGGAGGGAUUCGGCGUUGGAACUACUUUUUCCCGGAAGAAUUACUGGUUUAUGAUAUAUGCAAAUACCGCUGGUGUGAAAACAUUGGAAGAGCCCACAAGAGUAAUAAUAUAAUGAUUCUGGUUGAUCUGAAGAAUGAAGUUUGGUAUCAGAAAUGCCAUGACCCUGUCUGUAAAGCACAAAACUUCAAAUCUACCUGUUCCCCAUUACCCACUGAAGUAAGUCUGCUAUUUCUUCUGAAAGAUGAAGACUUCACUUCUGGAGAAACAGAUGACACCAGCACCUCACUGACCAAGGAUUCUCAAACCCCGCCAUCCUGCAACUUGUCAGCCGGCGGGCUUUCUGCCGCUGCCUGGGAUGACGAAGAUGACGCCCUUUUCUUAGAAGCGACAGAAGAUGCUGAAUUUGCUGACGCUGCAGAUAAGAGCCUUGGUUCAAUGGAUGAUAUUCCUGAUGAACUAAUUAUAGAAGCUUUACAGAAUAGCUGACUGUGGACAGAACAUACAUAACCAGGCUACAAUUUGCCUGAAGCCUGAGAUUUGAUAACAUAAAUGUUAAAUUAGUGCCGGGACUGUAGCCCAACAUUAGAAUACUUACCUAAGAUGUGCAAGGCCCUGCAUUUAACAUCAUACAAAAGAUCAACUUAUUAACUUAUUGUAAAACCUGUUUAUAGCAACCGUUCUAUCACUUGGUUUACCUAAGCCAGAUUUAUUGAAGACUACCUUUGACAUAUUUCAGCAGACGCUCCUAAUUAACCAGGAUCAUUCUAUGCUUGCAUUUGCACUGACAUCAUUAAAGUUUAUUGUAGUUAAAAAGCUUAUGCCUGGUGAUGACUAACCUGUCAAGAGACUGAAAUUUAUUAACACAAUACUCAAAAAUAUGGCUAUGCCUUCUGAGUUAUUAGACAACUGAAUUGGUGUAAUUUAGUUUGAAUGACAAAACGGUAGUACACCCUGAUAAGCAGGUCUCACUACUGUCACCACAGGCCGCUGCUGUCAGGAGCAUGGCUUCAGGAGCAGAAAAGGCAGCAGGAGGCUCAGUUCUCAGUCCAGCUCGAGAAGCUUCCCCAGCUGAUAGUUGAUGGUUCUCAGGUGGUUUUCGGCGCCCAGAAUGCUUCUUGCUUUAAAUAACAGAGCUGGAAGGCUAGAUGAAUCAUACUGUUGAUAAAAGGAAAACAAUUUAGACUCACAAAUAGCGAUGCUUUGCUAUCUUUUUAGUUCCUAACCCUAACCACCAAGGCCGAUCUUGAUAGUUGUCCACCAGCUCUCUUUUGUUGCUCUGGGAUCAUUAGGAAACAGGUUUUGGCCCAUCUCCUCUCCUCUCAGAACAUAACUGCUAAUACCACACCAUGAGGAACUGCUCGACAAAGCUCUCACAGAUCUCUGUACCCCAGGUAAGACCAAUUGGCUCAAAGAACUGGCACCUACCUGACUAAACAUAGCAAGUCACGCCUCAAACUUGGACUAGACAAGUGUGUUGGUGGAGUGCUGUGUUAACUCAAUCUCAUCUAUUUUAAAACAAAUUUCUAAAGCAAGUUUCCUUUUACUUCAAGAACGAAUGGAAUGAGAACAACUGGCCUGUUAAAGUCUAUAACAAAAUCAUCUCAAAGAUCUCAAAGGUAUCACGUAGGAAGUGAAGUUACCUAUGGGGCCAGUUAUGCCUUAAAGCUUGCCAAUCUAAAGGUCUACACAUAAAAUUAAAAUACAAAGCCAACCUAAAUUACAACACAGAACCCAACUCAUGACUUAACAACCAAACCAAACUUCCUGUUGCAAACUAUCUGAAGAAAAUUAAAUUCCUCCUAAGUAAGUUACCACACGGUUGACAGCUUGCUGAUAAAUGUGCUUCCACGGUAUUUUCCUGUGAUGAGAACUGAGCAGAAAAGCUGUUUGGCGGUGGGACUGUUUGCUGCCACACACAUACCAUGUUUUCAGAGAAGUCAACCCAACACCUGUAGGAUAGCCUACUUGCAAGACACCCAAGCACUUGCUCUAGAUCUAAGAGAAGUGGGAAGAGUUCACUUGGAGCUGCAGGUUUCGUUAGGAAGAGGUGUGAUAUAUCAAGAUGCUACCCACAGGAGAAGUAGGGUCCGUGCUACAACAGUAGCAGUGCUAUAGGCACUGAAGGUAAGCUGCCUCGCCUGUGAGGCCAGUGUAUUCUAAAGUAGAUUCGACAGCUUGGUUUCUGGGCCUGGGGUAGAUCAGGAUCUGCCUAGCAUGUGCGAGGAGAAACAAGAUCUUGGCUUAACCAAGGAUUAUGUUCAGACUGGCUCAAUGCUACCCUUAACUUUCACAGAUCUAAUAAUCGGAUCCCUAAAAUAAACUUGAGGCACAUUUUGAACAUGUAUAUUUUAGUAGCUCUAAUAUAUGAACAGAUCUUCAGUUUAGGAAAACUUAAAUCAAUGGCAGACCAUAAAAUUGAAUUUAGCGGUGAAGUAGACAAACCUUCUCAUAGAUACACGAAGACAUGGUGUAUAACUGUGUAUCACAUUCUACACACAAUUCUAUUCAUAAAACUCGAUGUACAAUUCUAUUAGUACUUUUCUAAUUCUAUUAGGUAUACAAAUUUAUAAUUUUUUAGCUAACAUUUCUAUGUUAUAUUAUGGCAACAGCAAGGUCUCAGAGUAUUAAACUUCAAAGUAUUAAAAUAAUAGCUAACUACAUUUUCCCAACUGUCUUACUGUUUCUCAGCCCCUCAGGACCCUCCUGCCAUUUCAAUGAAACAGCUUCUAAAGUAUGAACAUGGGCUGGACAAAGGUGGUUGGCCUUUACAGCACGUCUGAGUGGGCUGAGGACUGAUGGAAACUGAUAAAGCAGAGCGCAGUUGUUCAACUCAGACUUGUGCACAGUACACACCGCCUAGAAGAUCUGAGGAGUAACCGAGUCUUCCUUCCCUUCAGCAGGAAGCUAGAAGGUGAUGCUGUUGUCUCACUGACUUACAAUAAUGCUGUCCGUUACCUUUCUGCAAACUGCUGCCACUCUACAAGCAAAUGCCUGGAUCCCUUCUGAUGUGCAGUAACCAGGACUCACCUUUCCCGUUCCCUUUGGUCCUUUCUCUUGAACGUUUGAAUAAUCUUGACACAGCUGUUUUAAAUUAGAUAAGAAAUGCUUGGACUUCUUAAGUGAUGACUUUCUCUCCUUAAGGUCAUCAUAUUUUGUUUGUAGUUGUUUCAGUUGUGGUUCUAAUCUAGAUAACAAAAUUUUUUUUUAAUCUCAAAAACAAAUUUUACAAAAUACAAAUUAAUAGAAAUAUAUGUGGUGUUUGUGGACUGAAAAUAUUAAGGUGCCCACAUUAUAAAAAACAAAAACGCAAACCAAAAAUAACAAAACAUUUCUCCCAUAUAAACAACAUAGAGUGUACAAGCAUGAACAUCCUGGGUGAGGGAAGAACAGAACAGAAGUGGACUUGGUGGCCUGGCUCGCCUCGCACACUAUGAACGUGUAAAUGAUCCUAGGUUUCUGCUCAACGCAACUGUGACACACAGUGAGCAGUGACAGCCAUGGGGACAUGCCUCACAGAUGACAAAAUCCACCAAAUUACUCAAGUCCUGGGAACUACUGCAGUCAAUAUAAAUUUGGCUGACAUUUUCUGAGCAUAGGCAGGAGUAGCCAGCCUGACAGCUUAACCAGGAGGUCAUGCAGAAAGUUCCCCUUUUAAAAAUCCUUAGUUUCUGUGGCCAAAUAAAAUCAGCAGAAAAACUGUCCCAGAGCCUGGAGAGAAAGAUGUGUGACCUGGGCGAACUGCCUGUGUCUGAGGCUUAGUUUCUUCACCUAUAAAAGAAAAGGGAAUUUGCAAAUAAAAAUAUAAAAAAAACCUAAGCUUGAAUUGAAAAA